GCGAAAAUCACCGGAUGUUGUUUUCUCUCAUCACCAAAGUUUUGACAUUCGUAAUACUUUUAUUCCCCUGUAAGAACAUAAUACUUCCAAUACGAUAAACGUACAUCUUUCAAAAAAGGCAGUUAACAAAUGAUAUUGCAAAUUAAAAACUGCCGAUAGAAAAAUGUCGGUAAACUAAAAUAGAGCGUUUAAUUCAAGUGGAAAUUAUGAGUUCAACAGAUGAGCAAGGCCUUCAAGCUAAAACAGAUACUCCAAGUGGAGAGGAACUCACUUCAGAGCUGUUAGCAGAAUUUCAUGAAGCAAACAGAGAUAAUGAAUUAUUUGCCAGUACUGAAGAUCCAGAGUUUGAGUUUGAUGAAAGUGGCUUACAGCUAGCAUCAAAAGAAGCUGAGUUAGAUCUAGAAGCAGAAUUGGAAGGAAUAACAGAGGAUUAUAAUGUACCGAUGACAUCAUGGGAUGAAGAUUUGGCCAGAGAACAAGCAGGAGAGAUAGCCUUUAGAAGUGGAGCCAUUACACCGGAGGGUCUGAUAGAAGAUGAUUUUGAAAAGGAACUAGGAACACCCUCUGAUGCAGAAGACAAUGAUGAAUCAGAAUUCAGAGAUGUGGCGCAGUACAGGAUACUGGAAGUUGCUGGUGAUGAUACUUAUGGAAGGAAAGUUAUAGUAGCUUCAGCCUGCAGACUUCCUCCAAGUUCUCAGAUAAAUCAUGAAAGACUUAUGGAAUACCUUAAAUACACCUUGGAUCAGUAUGUGGAGAAUGAUUAUGUAAUAGUUUACUUCCACUAUGGACUGACAAGUAAAAACAAACCUAAAUUAGGUUGGAUGUUACAAAUGUACAGAGAACUUGAUAGAAAGUACAAGAAGAAUCUAAAAGCCUUAUAUCUAGUCCAUCCUACAAACUUUAUAAAGUUAUUACUCAAUAUAUUUAAACCAUUUAUAAGUGCAAAGUUUGGAAGGAAGAUUAUGUAUGUUGAUUAUUUACACAAGUUAAAAGAACAUCUUCAUUUUGAUCAGCUAGUUGUUCCAUCUUUAGUUUUAGAACAUGAUGCUAAGAUAUUGUCAGCACAGAAACCAUCAUAUCCUUAUUCCUCAGAUGAAAGUGAGGCUGCAGUUCAUAAUCCUAAACAACAGUUUGGUGUUAAACUACAACAAAUAUUACAGAAUUAUAAGUGUGUGAUCCCUCCUGUUGUAGAAAUUUGUGUGGAAUUCCUCAGGAAAAAUGCUUUAGAUGUGGAAGGAAUAUUCAGAAGAUCGGCCAAUGCAUCAGUUUUAAAAGAUGUACAAAAAAGAUUUAAUCAAGGUGAAACUGUUGACUUUGAUGAAAUAAAUGAUGUUCACAUUCCUGCAGUAACAAUGAAAACAUUCCUCAGAGAUUUACAAGAACCAAUAUUGACCUUUGACCUAUACCAACCGGUUGUCAGGUUACACACAUUAGAAGAAGACAGACAGCUGAUUGAGGUACAGAGAUUAUUUAGAGAAGAACUACCAAAGGAAAACUACAUUAUACUGAAGUAUAUUAUACACUUCCUGACACAGGUUUCCCAGUACUCUGACUCUAAUAAGAUGAACACUGUCAACCUAGCUAUAGUAUUUGGACCAAACCUUCUGUGGCCAAAAGGACAAGCUAACCUUAGUACUAUAGGACACCUUAAUAGCUUUGCAGCUUAUCUUAUUGACAAUUACACACAGCUUUUUGUCAGAUAACAGUUAUGUCCCCUUUAAUGUGAUCUCCCCUUGUUAAUGGUUUUUACACUGUAUUUUGUUAGCUGCAAUAUUUUUAUUUGUUACAAAUGAGGUUUAUGUUUUCAGAAUGUUUGUUUAUGUAGAACAGAAAGAUAUGAAGGGUCAGUCUAUUGUUUGGUUAUAGAAUGACAUGAAGGGUCAAGGGUCAUACUAUUGUUGAAUUAGAUUUUACUUGAAUAAAUGUGAGAAUAAAGAACAGUAGUCUCAAGAGGAAACUUUAGGUUUAUGUUUCAGUUUGAAGAGAUAAGUGUAAACUGCAGCUUCGUUUUAAUUAAAAGAGUCAUUCAUAUUUCAUUUGUAAAACUUGACGGAUGUUCCAGUGGACAUUAAAAAACAAACAAAAAAUUAAUAUUUUUACAACCACAUAACACAUGAGGCCAAACAUGUUCAUUUCCUGUGUUUUCAGACUGUAAAUGAAAGGUUAAUGGGACUCCAGUUCUAUAGAAAUAUUUUUCUUUUAUACAAAUACAUCGAUUGUGGGGUUCCCUAGAUAUCUGUAUUACUUUUAUUUCACAUCUCCAUUUAAGCAUAAAAAAGAAAAAAAAAAUUUUAAGUUGGUAGAUAUACAACAUACAAAACUUUAGUCCUUCAAGGUGUUAACCAACAUUUAUUAUCAACAGUGGUUGAUUUCAACUUUAGCCAUGUGUAAAUCAGACAUUUGUCAAACAAGAUUAACUCCACAAAAUAAAAAAAAAAUGUUGGUACAAAAUGUAGAGAGACACAUAUUUUGGGCAUUGGUAGGAAUUUAGUUCUCUGUUGUUUUGUAAAAUUUCAUGGUUAUAUUAAAAGUUAAUCUUUUUUUAAAUUAUUUUGUUAAGUUUUAUGUUGAAAAUCUAAAGAACAUGACCUACUAAAUAUAAGUCCAGCUGUUUUAUUAGCAAAUGUGAAAGUCUCACCUGAGACCCAAGAAAUGAGAUGCAAUGAGUUUUACUUGUUUUGUAAAAAUAGUCCCAGCUUUUUAAUUCAAAAAUAAAUGUCCAUCAGUGCAUUUGUCAGUGAAUUAUUUUCAUGCUGUUUGUAAGCUAUCAUUAUUUUAAAAUAUUUUAUUUAUCAUACCAAUAUGUAAUGCCCAUAUAUUUUGUCAAAUAUAAAAUUUAUUCCUGCUCGGCUUAGAAACAGGUAGAAAUGCAAGGCUUAGAUUAGUGCUGCAAGGUUUAAAAGAAAAAAAAAAAUGGAAGAAAGUUGAAAUUUGAAUAAAAAUUCUAUGAAUUGGAAUUCUCUAAAAAUACAAUUGCAAUGAAACAUUUUCAUGAUGAUGUCGGUGACAUGAUUUCACAAUUGUUUAUUGAGUUAACUCCAUUAGACUACACAAACAGCAGUUUCAUCAUGAAAAAUAGUCCACCUACAACCAAGAUUAUUUUGUCUAUAUUUUACAUCUAAACAUAAGGCAGAUUUCUGUGUUCAUGUGUUCUCUGUGAUCUAUUUAUUCUGAGUUAAUACUCUAAUCAUAACAAUUAACUAUUUACCUGUAUAGAUUAACUUUGUCAACAUGACAAUUACCUAUUUACCUAUAUAGAUUAACUUUGUCAACAUAACAAUUACCCAUUUACCUAUAUAUAGAUUAACUUUGUCAACAUGACAAUUACCUAUUUACCUAUAUUUAGAUUAACUUUGUCAACAUGACAAUUACCUAUUUACCUAUAUUUAGAUUAACUUUGUCCAGAACAAGCUCCACAAUUUCGAUCUCUUUUCAUUUAUAAUGGAUCAUCUUUUUAAUUAUAAAUUGAACACAAGGAAGAUCUCUUUUCAUAAUAUUGUGAAUAGGUCAGUAUUCUUAAGAACUAUCCUAUUAGAUACAUUUAUAACAUCUAUCCAAGAAAGGGAGGUAAUUUCCCGGUGAACAAGCAAAAGGAAUAGCAAUUUCAUCCAAGAUUAAAUUUCUGGUAGUAAAUGCAUGAUUUUAAUUGGCCUUCCAUCAGAUAUGAUGUAUUUAAACAGAGCAUUCAUUUUGAAAUAACUAUUAACCAUUGUUGAUGGAGAUCUACAAUCUAUUAGUCCAGAUUACUGGGUGUAGAAGAGUUCAAUGAUGUGAAAAGAGAAAAUAAAAGAUGGAGCUGGUUCAGAUAAAGACAAAUUUAUCUUUUCAGGAUGUAGUUCUUCUUAUAAAAUAUCCACAUGUGUUAGGAUAACUUAUGUAAAAUAUCCACAUGUGUUAGGAUAACUUAUGUAAAAUAUCCACAUGUGUUAGGAUAACUUAUGUAAAAUAUCCACAUGUGUUAGGAUAACUUGUGUAAAAUAUCCACAUGAGUUAGGAUAACUUAUGGAAUCUUGUACUAAAAGGUUUAUGGUAAAUAGUUUUAGCUGCUAAAUUUUUGUAUGCGUUGAAAACUCCAUUUAUUUAUGCCAACUGUGUGCAAUAUGUAGAAGUAGUUAGAUAAAUGAAUAUUCUUUUCAGAUAUUUCAAACGUAUAUUUCAUAUUUAGCCAUAGCUGACGCUUGAUAUUUCAAUGUUUUAUGAACUCUGUUUGAUUUGGUAAAAUGGGCAUUUUCAGUUGCUUUAACUUCAAUUCCAGCUUACUGUUAGUCAUAUGUUGAUAACAGAAUACUCACAUAUCCUCGGGAUUCAGCACUUGUACAUUCCAACUGUUAACUUUAAUUAUAAUCAGUUUUAUACAUUUAUUGGAAUUUUUUAAUGAUAUAAAAUGAAUUUGUUGUUUGUAACCCACACAAAAAUAUAUGCAACAGAAGGAGCAGAAUGUCUUUUAAAAAAGUCAGGCACAUUAACAAAUCUUUGAGUUAAAACACAAUCCUGAGUUAAUUACAGCAACCUUAGGGUGUUAUAUUUGUUUGGAUGAAUGAGUCUUGUAUAUUCCACUCCAAGGUUUUAUGUUGAUUAUUAAGUGUAAUUUUGAUUCCCAGGUUUUAUGUUAUUUUGUAUAUUGUAUAUUGUCACAAAUAUAAUUUAUAUACUUUAUAAUUUAUAGUUUUUUUUUUAAUUCAUCAUCAAUUUAUGUAAAUCUUUUCCCCAAGAUUCAUUCAGAAUAUGACCUAUGUUUCAAAAUUUAAAAAACUUUUCCCAUCAGUACAUAGAAAUGUAUGUUUGUAGAAUGAUUUUCCAAAGUGGAAUGAAUAUGAUGCUGUUAAAAAAAAAUUUACGAGUUUUUUUGUCUUUUCUGUUUAAACCUUCAUAGGAACACUCAGAGCCUACAAAUUAAAGGCAACCAGAGAAUACCUGACAUAGCAUAUCCCUGGCAUAUCAUAUCCAUGGCCAGUACUCUCUAUUAGGCAGAAAUUAAUUGU